GGCAGAAGCUGAAGGCUGAGGGAAAAACAGCGCCAGAGCUCGGCCCAUCGUCUGCUGCCAGGCCUGGAGGAUGAAGACUGAAGAGGCCCCCUCUUGUCUGCAGCAGGCCAUGCCAGUCCUGGGCUAUGGCUCAGAAUCGAAAAUGCGGGAGGUUUGUGCUGGUUGCAACACCCCAAUCUCAGAUCGCUUCCUGCUGCGAGUGAAUGAGCGCUCUUGGCACGAAGGCUGUGUGAAGUGUGCUGCUUGCCUCCAGCCUCUCUCGGGAACAUGCUAUUGUCGCAACAGGCAGCUCUACUGUAAGCAUGACUAUGAAAAGCUCUUCCAGACCAAAUGCAGCGGUUGCCUCAAAGCUGUGGCUCCUUCUGAAUUCAUCAUGCGGGUGCUGGAGAACGUCUACCACGUCCACUGCUUCUCCUGCUGUGAGUGUGAGCGGCGGUUGCAGCGUGGAGAUGAGUUUGUGCUGAAGGAAGGGCAGCUGCUUUGCCGCAGCGACUAUGAGAAGGAGAGAGAAAUGCUAAGUGCCAUCAGCCCUGCACCCACUGAGUCAGUGAAGAGUGAAGAUGAGGAUGGGAGCCACCCACAUGGCAAAGGAGGAGAGGAAAGCAAGGAUCACAAGCGCUCCAAACGCCCACGUACCAUCCUCACCACGCAGCAGCGACGGGCAUUCAAGGCCUCCUUUGAAGUCUCCUCCAAACCCUGCCGGAAGGUAAGGGAGACAUUAGCAGCUGAAACUGGUUUGACUGUCCGUGUAGUGCAGGUCUGGUUCCAGAAUCAAAGAGCCAAGAUGAAAAAGAUAGCCCGCAGGCAGCAGCAGCAACAACAGCAGCAGCAACAGGAGCAAGAGCAGCUGGGAAAUCCCCGUCUAGGGGCAGGGAGGGGAAAUGGACGCAGCAGCAGACAGAGCAAUGAGGACAGUGAAGAUAGCGCCAGUGUGCAUGGAAUAGAUGGGCUCAUGGUACCUUACUCCAGGAUUGCCCAGCAGCAGCUGCUUCCCUUGGAUCAGAACAGCUACAGCACAGACUUGUACCGGCAAGGACUCACCCCACCCCAGUUGCCAGGAGACCAUCUUCAUCCAUACGAUUCGGAAGGUGUUUUCCAUGACAUGGACAGCGACACGAUCGGCCAUUUGGGCGACUGCCUGCUGUCUGCGGCUGAGGCCAACCUCCUGCAGACACGAGUGGGCAAUCCAAUCGACAGGCUGUACUCCAUGCAAAACUCCUACUUUACCUCCUGACCCUUGGUUCUUACGCCUGAUACGAGCCACUCUGGGUGUAGAAGGGGGUAAAUGGCAUGGAGGGGCAAGACCAAUCCAUCGGGCAGAACUCUUUGGACCCUUUAACACUAAUAAGGCAUGUGAGGCUGUCAGGUCUGUAUGUGAUUCUUCCUGGGCAUUGAGAAUUGAACCAUGGAGGACCUUGCUGCACUGCCUUUCCCGUCCCCUCACCCAAUGUCCUCUCGAUGGGCAGUUUCAUAUUGUGUAGCUGUACGUCUAGCAUCGUGUUCUUUGUGUUUAAACUGCAGGGCGUUACACCUAGUUGAUACAUCAAGCACAAAAGCAGGAGGUAAGGUUGCUCUUGGUAAGGUUUCCAUGCUUUGGGGGUGCUUUUUCUCAACUUUUAUUGACAUGGAAAAUUCCCUUCUCUUGAAUGAGCUGAUGUACAGAUUAGCCAGAAAGAAAACAAAUCUCCCUAAAGUAAAGUAUCCCAUAAGAGUACUUUGACAUUAAAAACAUCGAUUAAGUCAUAUUAACUGCUAGGGCUUGCCACCUAUAAAGAUUCUGGGAUUUCUAAUUUGUUAAAAAAGAGAGUGAAGUUCUGAACUCAGAAUCCCAGCCUGCUCACAGAACUGCAAUUUAGAAGGUUCUUCUUGGAAAAUGAAACAGUUUAUCAUUGCUAUAUAUUAUACCUCCUCCAGAUAGCUGAGAGAUUCUAUGGACUACUGAGAAAGGAUCUAGAUUAAGGACAGACAGCAUGGGGAACUAUGGAUGUUGUUUCUCUAAUCCGCUCCAAAACCCUGGUCAAUGAUUUGCUAUGAUGAACAUGAUAAAGUUUAAGAACACCUGGAAAGCCAUAGAUCUCCCCUCUUGAGAUAGCUGGAAAACUACCUCCAUGGUACUCAAUGUGCACUGCACCGGUUUCUGCCCAAUCUACCUUUGAAUAUUUAAGGACCCUCCAUAAAUCUCUCUCACUACAAUGCAGCAACUGCUUCAUCCCUGAGCAAGUACUGGACUGUUGCUUUUUCUCAUUUAUCACAUUGAUAUACUUUCUGCAACACUGAAAAACUAUACCUCCUCACCAAUCUUUCUUGUUCAACUUUGCUGUGGUCCUAAGACUCCCCAGCCAGUGCUGUGUCUCCUCGAUCUGAAAGAAUUUUAGAACAUGGCACCCAGUUAAAGACAUUUUUGAAAGCUAUGCAGAAUAGCUCAACUCUUCAGAAUGGGCUCCUUAGACAGAUUCUAAGGAUGCUCUUCCUAAGAACAUGACUGAAACUCCCUGACCUCUUGGCUGCUUCUGAGCCAUAGAGACUUUCCAUUAAUUAUCUGACCCUAGCUGAAGACUUCAUGCAAGAUGGCCUCAGUCAUGCUCUUUCAUUGGUCAAAGCAGCUCAGAAGACAUCGUAGCAAUGCUUUCUUUUGCCACUAUAGCAUGCAAUCUGGAUCGUCAUUACCAAGAAGGGACCCCAAAAGGGCACGCUUUUGUUCUGCCCCUCCCCCCCCAAAAGGGCACACUUGUCUCCUGGAUCUCUGAGCCACUUUUACAUUCUGCAGAUCUAUGAAUUGGAUGGAAACAUUUUUAUUGCUGACAUAUCCGGAUGACAUAAAAAAAACCUCUGUAAUACACCAAGAGGUGUAUCAUUUUAGCCAGACACAUUUGCUCUACAACAGAUUACCAGGAGAUAAUCUGAUAUGGAGCAAAUGUGUCUGGCUAAAAUGAUUUUUCUAAAAGCAGACUUCUCUCUUUUAGGCUGACCACAGAGUUCACGGGUAGCCAGCCUAAAAAUCAGUGGCAUACAUGUUAACCAGCAAUGUUAACAUAAGCAGUGUUAACCAGCAGCUCAUUAAAAAGGAGAUCCUAGGGCUAUAACUAUGUAUGAAGGGCUGGGGUGGGGAAAAUUCAAAUGUAUACAUUUGUGGUAAAAGGCUGAGCUCUUUUAAAUGCAAAUCCUUUGCCCUGUUUUGAACUUUUAACUCAAGGCACUUUCAACCAGUUUGGCAAACAACAAGAGGCUGCAGCCAUGACAGUAAAAAACUGUCUGGAAGGCAUCACACUGCUUAUUCCUGUCUUAAAAUAUUUAACAGGGCGGCGGGCCCAGUCACAAUUGUUCACUAUUUCUUCUACUGUAGCUGAUCUUACUGGACAGCUGAACAAAGCAAACGGACUGUUGUCCCUUCGUAGUCAUUAUGUGCCAACAUCUGCUAUGUACACAGGGACAGUUACAUCUAAGAGGAAGAAGAGAGACGUAUAGGUAAUCCACACUUAAUGAUGAAUGGGUCAGGCAACUUCACCACUAAGUGAUGUGGUUCUUAAGUGAACUGCUUGUUGGGAACCUUCUAGGAACUGUGCAAAUGGCAAUUACAUGACCAGGGGACACUGCGACAGUUGUAAAUACCUGCCAGUUGUGAGCAUCCUAAUCUCAAUCACGUGACCAUAGGGGACACUGCAAGUGUCUUAAGUGCAAGGACCAUUUGUAAAAUUACUCCUUCGGCACCAUCAUAACCUCAAAGGUCUGCUAAACAGGGCAGUCACUAAGCAAUAGUACCUGUAUUAUAAACAAAUAAAAGACCACAGUGCACCUCUCUGUAAUCACAGAGCCUGGCUUUGGAUUAGAAUGGGGCACUUAAUCACAGAAAUCCUAACUUAGCUAUCACUGUGCCCCUUAACCCAGCACUUCCAAUUAUCUGUGCUUCACUUUUUUAAAAGUUUAUUUUUCUAUAUGAAUUUGCACCUAUAUAGCCUCUCAGUCCUUUAAAAUCUCAAAGCUAUCCUGGGGCUGUGCCUGGCAAAUACAGGAGAUGGGUAGUCCUUGACUUACAACCACAACUGAGCCCAGAAAUUAUGUUGCUAGGUGAGAAAUUUGAAAUGAAGUGAAUCACUGCAGUAAUUAAAUGGGUAACAUGAUUGUCAAGUGAAUCUGGCUUCCCCCACUGACUUUGUCAGAAGGUUGCAAAAGAUGAUCACACAAUCCCAGGACACUGCAACUGUCAUAAAUAUGAACCAGUUGCCAAGCAUCUGAAUAUAAAUCAUGUAACCCUGGGGAUGGGGCAACUGUCGUAAGUGUGAAAAAUCAUCAGAAGUCACUUUUUUCAGUCCUGUUGUAACUUUGAACAGUCACUAAACAAACCGUUGUAAGUUGAGGACUACCUGAAUUACAGGAGAGACAGCCAGAUUGCUACUGGGCAGAGACAAUUUCUGCUUGAAACUGCAAACCCCUUUUUAAGAGCGCAGAAUAACUGAUUAUAAAAAGGGUACCAGCAUAAGGGUGUCACCUCUCAAUCUAUUAUGUCUGAAGUGUUUUUUUUUUUAAAUCAAAGAUACUCCUCAAGGUAGGAUAGCUAUUUAAGCCCCUUCCUUUUUCUUUCGGUUCACGCACUGUUUUUUUAAUGUGUGAAGCUUAGAGUUGUAUCUUCAGAGGUUUGGCUGCAACAAGCUGCUGCAGAAAACCUACACCGGACUGACUGCUUGGCAACAUCUCUGCCCCACAUUAUACCAGCCACUAUUUCUGGUUGAGGAUCAAAAUGCUUGUGAUCUGCAUCCUGCUAGAACUGGCUGAAACAGGACACGUUCCCAUACACAGAUGCAGGAUUACAAUAUUUAGUAAAGUUGAAAGGCCGUUAUCAGCACAGUGGUUAAGGCAACAGGCUAGAAACUGGGAUGCUGAGGUCAAGUCCUGCUUUGAGCAUGAAGUUAGUUAGAUCUUGGACCAGUUCCCUAGUCCUAGGAAGGAGGCAAGGGCAAACCACUUCCAGAAAACUUUGCCAGGAAAAGUGCAGGGGCCUGUCCAGGCAGUUACCAGGAGUUAACACUGACACGAAGGCACUACUGUACACAUACCAAAAAGAAAUCCUUCCCAAGACAGAGAACUGAAAACAUGAAACUAUUGUGGCAUGCAUGGAACAGCCAGAUGAAUCAUGCCCUCUGUGUAUGUUUAUACAGCUGUAGCUUCCUCCAGAAAUAUUUGCACUAGGUUUGGGUAUAGUGAGUUUUGAAAAGGAUUUCUGUGAAGCAAGCACACAGUAAUCAGUGCUCUCCAGAUGUCAUGCCUGCUGAAAAGAAGAAUCUCACCUUUUCAUGCCUGUUGUGAUCCUCUGUCGUGUUGUGCUGAUGUCUUUUGCAUGUGCAUUUGGAAAUUAAAACAGCGAAAAACUAAUGCCUUGCCUUCCUACGGUACACUGUUUGCAUUUUCAGAUCUUUGACAUUCAUGUUGAGCAUGGGUAAAGUUCUAAAAAGAGUUCCUUGUACACAGCUGGACAUUAGCAGUAUUUUCACGCUAGAGUUGGUUGCUUUAUGGAAAGAUUUACCAAUUAUUCUGGGCACUGGUUGUAGAAAAAGACAACUGAACAACUUACAGCUCAUCUCAAAUCUCCCAAGCUUCUGUGGCAGCCUACAGGGAUCUGUCCCCUUUUCAAAACAAUUUUCCUACCCCCACCACCCCCACCACCAUCCUGGGGCCAGGAUCAUCACCCCAAAAUUUUGCAGAGCAAUUUUCCUGCUGUGACAUGAAAAAACAAUCCUGGAUAUCCUCUCUAUUUCCUGAUCCCAGGGUGCCUCUAAGUUCUAAAGAUUGGCCUAGAAAAAUACUUUAGCAAAUCUGUAGCUUCACCUUGGAGCAAAAUAUCCAUGUCACGCAAAAGAGGUAUAUGUGUGUGUAUGGGGGGGGGGGUGUUAAAAAUGCUUGAGAGUGGCUGCUGCUACUACUAAUUCAGCAGUUGUGUUUUGACCUUUGGAAAUUCUUCAUAUGAAACCUUUGACAAUACAACAAUAUCAGCACCCAAAGAAUUUAUAAAAGAAGUAACCUGCAUGAUGUUGUACAACGUUUGAGUUAGGGAACAAGGCUGGAAGAGUGAUCCUUAGCAAUGCAGAGGCAUUUGGCCAGAGAAAGCAGCAGUUGUGCAGGCCUGAGAUUUCUGAGGUAAAGCUAAAGAACAGGGAACCUUUCCUAUCCAGAAGCCAAUAGCUGAAAGCAGUAUUUUCAGAAAACCAGAGCUGGUCAUUUCACAUCAAUAAUUAUUCUCGUAUCAUCUAUUCCAUGGCAGCUAUAUUUCUGAGUAAUGUUUGGGAACAGGCUAGUGUGGGCAAGUCACUUAGUACCAGUUGAGCAGGGAAGUGGGGGGUAAAUUCUGUUUUGACCAUCCUGCUGUUUCCAUGACUACUGUCUUGGAAAAUUGCAGGGCAUAGAGGACCACAAACUACUAACCAUCUUACAACUUUCAGUACUUUAAACAGCUUAUACAGGGAAUCCUUGAGUUAUGACUGUAAUGGAGCCUGGCCCAUCAUGGUCAUAAGUUGUGAUGGUUGUAAAAUGAGUCACCCAUGCAAUUGACCUGAUUUUACAAUCUUUUUGUGGUCAUUAAGCGAACCAAUGGUUCACUGUAGGCCGGUUUUGUCAAAAACCAGCAUUUACUUUCAUUCUGUGGUAUUAAUACUUCCCGUGAUCUUGAUUCUAUCCCUCUGUUGAUGCAGCCUAGCAUUGUGUUGGCUUUUUUGGCAGCUGCAGCACACUGCUGGCUCA